UGGAAGUGAGAGGAAAGCAAUCAUCUUGCUUUUUUCUAAUAUUUCAACGACACUUUCAACCAACAAGUGUUGGUUUUGUUCUUGUUCUGUUUCUCUCUGUUUUGUUUUCAUUGCUUCUCUCUCCUCCUCCCUUUAGAUCUCUUUGGAUUCUGAUUCGAUAUCUUCUGCUUGGUUUUAUCACUUUCUUUAGAAUCUUAGUCUUUCUUCUGAUCUGGUUUUUCCUCUCUUUGUUAACUUUACCUGUUUGGUUGCAGAAACUCGUGAGUGUGGAUCAGUUGAAACCCCAAUAAAGAUAAGAAAAGAGAAACCUUUUUAUAGGUUUUAUUGGGGGGUUUUGUCUCAUUCUGAGAAAUGGGUUCACAGGUUUCUUGUCUAGUUGCUUGAGGCUUUUUGGUUUGGUAGAAAAAAUUGGAUUAGAGUUAUGAGAAGAGGUAGAGGGAAGGGGAAGAGGCAGAAUGCUACUGCUAGAGAAGAUCAUGGAAGCGGUGAAGAAGAAGAAAAGAUUCCAGCUUACAGGAGAAGAGGGAGGCCACAGAAGCCCGUGAAAGAUGAAACCGAUGGAGAAGAAGAGAUGGUGGAGAAGGAUGAUGAUAUAAAUGGUUCAGUAACAAGUAAAGAAGAAGUGACAGAGAAUGGGAGGAAGAGGAAGAAAGCAGUAGAGUCUAAAGAGAGUAAUGUAACCGAAGAGGAGAAUGGGUUAGGUUCAAAAUCAAGCACAGAUGAUUCAGUUAAGUCAUCAUUGUCUACGGGGUUUAGACAAAUUGGGAGCAGAAGGAAGAACAAACCAAGACGAGCUGCAGAAGCUGUUGUUGAAUGUCAUGGGUUUUGAAAAAAGAGGUUCCUAUAACGCUUUUGAAACCGCUUUUUUUUUGUCUCUUGAUGACCACUUUUGUUGCUAGGACCCGAGUUUGAUGCGGGUGCGUUUAAGUUUCAUACAUGGAAUCAGAAUUUUUGAUUAUUCAGAACACUUCCCUUUGUCUGAAUUGUCAUGGAGUUUUGAAACUCUUAUCUCUUGUUGUUGAGUAGAGCCUAUAAUACUCUUUAAUUCCCAUGAAAAUGAAACGUUUGUUUAUGUCU